AGCAUGUUUUGGUGUCGCGAACAUGGAAAGCUUGGCCAGAUCCCAGUUAUUACCAUCGAAUACGGAAGUGGAACUGCCAAUAUUAGUUUUGCCACAUGUAGUGCUCUUUCCCGGAGAAAAUCUUCCUCUGCGCGUCUGGGAGCUGCACCAUGUACGUCUCCUCCUUCUUUUAGCCUUUUCUCAACGACGCGGACAACCAGCUUACCUCGGCAUCCUUAAUGCUCGAAGGCGCUCUUUAAUGGAGGAUGCAGUAGUGGGUUGCACGUGUGAGAUGUUCGAGGUCGAAUCAGAUUGGGACGGGUCCUCGCCGCUCACGGCAAAGGCCAAGGGACGUCAACGAUUUAGAGUACUGGACGCUGCGAGGGGGGGGAACAUGGAAAUGCGCCAAGGCAUUCCGCAUGUGCGUGUUCUUAUUCUUUCAGACGAAUGUGUAAGUGCAUAUCCCAGGUUGCCUCAGUGGCAAAGGAGUAAGUUGCAUCAAUGUACCUAUUGGCCCACUACUAUAAUGGGUCUACUGUCUCCCGCUUGCCUGCUUGGAAAAGUCAAACAAAUACUUCAUUCUAUUGAGUCUUGGCAGGGUGUCCGAUGUGCUACAGGCUUUGAACUCUGUCGUAUUGCCGGAUUCUCUAGUGACUGCUUGGAUGGAGAGGAGCGGGGUCGCGAGGGGGCUGACGAAGAAGAGGGAGCUCCAGUGGAAAUGAGGGAUGCGGUGUCUUUGUCAUUUCGCUUGGCAGCUAGUUUGCCACUUGAUGACAUUACACGUCAGCGUCUCUUAGCGAUGGACUCAGUGGUUUAUCGCCUUCAAAAUAUCAUCUUAUUGCUGAAGAAUACGGCAGAGAGCAAGCUCUGCUGCGCUCAUUGCGAGGUAGCCUUAGUUGGCAAAGGAGCGCUUUUCAGUGUUCCUGGCGCAGAGGGGACUGUUGGGGCCUAUAGCAAUCCGGCAGGUGUUGUGCAUCAGAUGCUUACGGUCAGAGAGGUGCUCGAUGAAGAGGAGAACGUAGCUUUGGAGGGACCGAUUGAAACGGAGGGCUCAUGGUUCGAAGGCUACGCAUGGACGAUUGCUUACUGUAGGCGCUGCAGCCUACAUCUGGGAUGGCUGUUCACUUGCUGCGAAGUAAAUAGAGAGGAAUCGACAAAUUUGCCGCGGUUUUGGGGAAUUAGGCGUCAGGCCUUGGUGGAUGAGCUGCAGUGCAAUGCUCAGCGCGUCCCCGAUAGCCGUCAAGAUGGAGCACGGCCUCAGAUUGACGAUGGCGAGGGGAUAGUAGCGGAGGAAGAAGAAAUGCUAAUUCGCAUGGUUGAGUAAGGGGGAGAUGUGUCCGGUCACGAAAUGGAGGUUGGUGAAGGCGCAAUCGAACAUGCCGGAGAACGUGUGUACGAUAGUAUUUCGAAUGUACAAGGGGGGUGUCGCUGAUUGAUCACAUCAACCUCAAUAUGAAGACGGAACAUGUAAAAGUAGAGAGAUUAUAUAACAAUUUUUUAAGCGUAUACAAGGUACGAGGUAAAAGUACUCUGACGCCAGAUAUCUA